AUGGCCGCUACAAUGGCCAACCCGAACCGGCAGCAGCAACAAGAUCAGCAGCAGCAUAAUGGGGCCUAUCGAUAUGCGAUGCCUGGGCGUGUCGUUGACGAAAUCUUGAUGGGCGAGGGCCCGGGACGAAGGCUUAGGAAAAAUGUCGCAAAUGUGCGACGGCACGUCGACUAUGUACCUUGUUGCUUGAAUCUGACACAGUCUCGACUAAUUCAAUUCGGUCGGCAAGAUCGGCGUGCCGCCCAGCCCGAUGAGCUCUACCAAAACACUCCUUUACCUCCAGCGGCCACGCCGGAUAAGCCGGUGGAUUGCGUAAAUGCGAAAUUCGUCCGGGCCGCGAUGAACAAAGUGAAGUGUCCCGUUUACACAUUGGCGUGGACUCCCGAAGGAAAACGUCUGAUCACCGGCGCAUCAACGGGCGAGUUCACGCUAUGGAAUGGAGUGGCCUUCAACUUCGAAACGAUCCUGCAGGCGCAUGACGCUGCGAUUCGUUCGAUGACCUGGUCGGCGAACGGCCACUGGCUGAUCAGCGGCGACGCCGGGGGUUUUAUCAAAUACUGGCAACCGAACAUGAACAACGUGCACAUGUUUCUCGCGCAUAAGGAGGAAGCUGUACGCGGGCUGAAAUUCGGGCCCACCGAUGCCAAAUUCGUUUCCGGAUCUGAUGAUGGAACCGCGAAAAUCUGGGAUUUUGCUCGAUUCACAGAAGAAUUCUCAUUACGAGGACACGGCUCGGAGGUCCGCUGCAUCGAUUGGCACCCUACCAAAUCGUUGAUCUGCUCCGGAAGUCGAGACACGCAACAGCCGGUCAAGCUCUGGGAUGCGAUAAGUGGAAAAUGCGUUUCCACGUUACAACAUCACAAAUCGUCAGUGAUGGCUGUCGAGUUCAAUCGAAAUGGCAAUUGGUUGCUGACUUCUUCUAGGGAUCAGCUGGUCAAACUCUACGAUAUCCGUACGAUGAAGGUGCUGAAGAAUUUCCGAGGCCACAAGAAGGAAGUCACAUCCCUGGCCUGGCAUCCGGUGCACGAGGGAUUGUUCGUGACGGGCGGCGGAGAUGGGUCAAUUGCUUACUGGCUUGUCGAUAACGACAAGGAGGAAGACAUCUUCGGCUUGGCCUCCUAUCAGACGACGUUGCUCGGCACAUCCGAUCAGCGUGAACAAAAGAACAUGUUCAAGGACCAGGAGAAGAACCAGGCGGCUCCGAUUAUUCCUGGCAUGGGACUGGACGAGGAGGUGUAUCAGGAGAUGAACCGCGACGUCAGCUCGGUGCAUAUCGGGAUGUCGAUCGACGAGUUCACGCCGGGCCAACACUCUGGCGCUCGCCGUACCCUGAUCAAGCAGCCGCCCGCGAAGAAGGCCCAACGCCAAUUCGAGCGCAUGUGGAACGUGGCCAAACCCGGCACCGGUGAGGACAGCUACGACAAUGAUGCGCAGAUGGACGAGGACCCGUAUGCCAAGAGGGAAAAGACGAGCCUCCUGGGCGCCCCACCGCCCUCUGCUAGCAUGCUCGGAUCUGGCGGCGCUUCGGGUGGACUACCACCUCCCUCGAAGAGCACCUCGCUCCUCGGCGCAUCUGGCGCCUCUAGAAGCUUCUCAUCGGGUCGCCCCGCCCUCCUGGCCCGGCCGCCACCGAUGAACCAAAAUCCGGCCGAACCUGACAACCCGAAUCUGCAACAACCGGCCCCGGGUGCCGGCCGGAAUCUACCUCCGCAAUUUCAAGCCAAGAAUCAGUUUCCGCCAAACGGCGGCCCUCCGAUGUGGCCACCAGGAUUUCCGGUGCCCCCGAAUAUUGCUGGGAUGCAGCCGGUUCCGGCGAUCGGCAGCGCUGAUGAGGAUUAUCGAAAAGCCGACGAGGACUAUCGACAGCCCGAUGAAGAUUACCGAAUCAACGUGCCCCCGGCUGGAGAGCAGUGGAACAGGAAUGGAAGUAUUCCUGAAGCGCCGUCACAAUUUGGCCAAGCCUCAACGGCCCCACCAGUGCCUCCACAUUUCCCGCGGGCUCACCCGGCCAUGCCACCCCAAUUCGAGCCGCAAUUCGAUCGACAACCCGCCGGGGAGCAGCACGGCUUCGACCCUCGGGAUCCUCGUGGAGCACCUCCUCAGACUAAUUUCCCGGCUUCAACUAUGCCUUCGAUGACGGGAAAGACGCUUUUUCGAGAUUUCGCCUCGAAGCUUCAGGCAAUUCGACGAGUUUCGGGCUAUGAAGGGAAAACAGACGUCAUGCGCAAGUUUCUAACGGAGGUCGACGCUCCUCGCGGCGCUCACAACCCGUACGCGGACCUGUUGCUGUCGGCGGAAAAUGAGGAGCUGAACGAUUUUCGCGCCGGAGUGGUAAAACUAAAGCAAAUGGUCGCCAAAUCGAUUGGGCUGAAGGCGACGGACAUCACAUUUACGAAUAGUGGGAAUGUCUACCAGAGCCUACGCGAGCUCAUCGCCCCGAUAAAUGAGCGCUACACACCCCAGGGAGGCUUUUACGUCGAAGAGGUGCAUGAUAGACUGAAGCUUCUGAUGGCAAAAGGCUCAAAUAGCGAUCAAAUUCUGCACGAAUUCUACGAAACGUGCGACAGCAACGAGCUGUUGUGGAUAUUUGCCGUGGUGACGAAGAGCGUUGUGACGGCGUUAAAAUGGGACGUCUCCUCGCUGCGCGAUGCCCUUUUCCCGGGCGGGAAUCAGAAAUUCAAGGAAAAUCGCGACUACAAAAAACGUCUCCAAUCUGAGCAGCCCGAUUACCCGUUGAUGUGUAACUUUGAGCCAAUGCUGUUAGCGAGGUUGGAUAUUGGGGAUUGGUAUAAAAAGAUCGACGAUCACGCGGGCUCGAAUUUUCUGAUGGAGCUCAAAUUUGACGGGGAGCAUGUGGUGAUACACAAGAAAUUUGACGAUUGGCGCGUUGUUACACGAAACGGCAAGGAUUUCACAAAGUACUACAACGGCGCCGAGGGCAACAAGAAUUUGAUAGAAGCUGUGAGGCCGUAUUUUCGAAACGAUGCGAAUGAAUUUGUGAUCGAUUGCGAGUUAAUGUUGUACGACGAGGUCGGGAAAUGCUUUGUCCGGCAUCACCAGGUCUGCGCCGACGGGCAAACCUACAAUUUUCAACACAUCAAACCCGCGGAUCCGGUCCACCUGGCAGUUGUGGUGCUUGAUGUCCUCUACCUAAACGGCAACAAUUUCAUGGGAACCUCGUUUGAGAAGCGGAUAAAAGUGCUCGAGAAGCUGCUGCUGAAAAAACAGGACCCAACCCUCAUUUUCAUCCCGGAGCGCAAGACCGGGAAUACAAAAGAAGACGUGCGGGCCUACUUCAAGCAGUCGAUGGAAAAUGGCGAUGAGGGGAUCGUGGUAAAGGCCAUUUCGACGUUGUAUACCCCGGGCAAGCGGCUGGCAAGCAAUGGGUGGUUUAAGGUUAAAGCCAAUCUAACGGAGGGCGCGCAUCUCGAUGUGGCGAUCGUCGGCGUGAAAUACGUGGGAACCGCCAGAGAACAAGAGCUCGUCAUUGCCGUAAAGAAACCCUUCAACGAAUACGCCGAGCCGGCAAAUGAUGCGACAUUUGACCUGAAAGUGAUCGGAUCAGUUGGAGCAGGUUUAACGCACGACGAGCGCCGCUGGGUGCUGGACGAGGGGCGGCGGAUGGGCGCGCUACUUUCAGACCCUCCCGCCGGCGUCCAGGGCGCGCCAAUCAAAGAUGGGGGCUAUUUUCGGGAUUGGGAUGAUUUCAAGGUGGUCGAGGUGCGCUGCGCCGGAAAGCAAAAUGGCGCCCUACAACACGCCGGCCUCGUGCGACUCCGCAACGACAAGGACCUGAAGGACCUGGAUACGUAUCGGGAUUUCAAGGAAUUGGAUGAGGAAGCGGCCGCCUCAAGAAAGCGCCCCGCCAAGCAGCCCCAAAUCUCUAGGGCAAAACUGGCGCGAGAAGGCGUGAAACAAGACGCGAAAGCCGAAAAAAUUGACGACGGCCUUGAGGGGCAAUUCGUCUGCGUGAUCCCGGGGCGCAGCGAUAAGAAGCUGGCCGAGCUCGUCGAGAUUCUGAAGGGCUUCGGGGCUACGGUGCAGGCUUUACCAGAUGAUCAAACUAAAUUCCUCGUCGCUGUCGACAGGAAUGUGCCGCAGACGAAGAAGCGUGUCAAGGAAGCUCGGUACUGUUCAAUUGAAUUUUUUAAAUGUUCUUGUUUUCGCUGGACAAUCGUCGCCGAAGCGUGGCUACGGAGAUGCAAGGAAAGGGGCGAAAUCGUUGAGUGGACCCCAGAAGAGACGCUCUACGAUGUGGGUUCAACAACAAAGCGGAGUUCCGGAAUGAGGGCUGAAUUCUUAUUUCUGGUCCUGAUCUGCGUGGCGCAGGCGCUGCCAACCAGGGAAAUCUCCGGCCGACCCCCAACCUAUGCAAUGAUCAACAACAUGCCGUUUGUCCCCCGGGCCGAUCUCACCCCCGAGAGAUACAUCCGGAAUCGCCGUAGCUACACAAUUCUAACUCCCGAAUAUUCGAUUCUAGACGACAUCUUC